UGCCGCUUUCAGAUUUUGUUAGAUGACAGAAAUACUUAUCUACUUCCAGCCAACACUAGAAGGGCUGCUUAUGUAGCUGUAAUGAGGAAUACUACCAUGGAAAAUAGGACUGGAUUUGAGUCCCUAUUGAGUUUGUAUAGGAGUACUGAUGUGUUGCAAGAAAGGGAAAAAAUAUUGCGUUGUAUUGCAUCAAGCGCAGACCCAAAUAUAGUACUAGAGGUUCUGAAUCUUUUGUUGUCUGAUGAGAUUCCAGAUCAAGAUAUUAUUUAUGUACUAUGGGGAAUAAGCUUAGAAGGCAGUGAAAUUGCUUUGAAAUGGUUGAUGGUUAACAGUGACGAGAAAGCAGAUGAGAUAGAAGCAUUUUUUGCCAGUCGCAUGAACCAUUCCAUUGUUAUGAACUUGAAGUUGAGCAUUGAGCAGGUCCGUAUCAAAGCAAGGUGGAUUGGAGUGUAAGGCAAGAGCAUUCUCUGCCCGACUUAAUCAAACCAUUAGCUCAGAGGAAAUGAUGGCUUUAACAUCAGUUUCUUCUUAAGCAUAUCAUUAACACAACUAGUUUCCAGUAAUACUGUAUGUUACAUAUAUCUCUUAUUUGAAGUU